CUUGUCAAUCGCAGGCACGGCGCGGGUGUAUCACACGGCUUGUGUGUGCAGCGCGGACAUCAGGCUGUUUUUUCCCCUAAGGCCAGCUGACAUGACAUGACUUCUGACUCCACAUCAUCUGAAGUAAAUGGAGAAAUGGUUUCGGGACAUUUUACAUUUGGAUCUGCGGUAGUCUUGCUCCAGGGUAGAAUCCUGGAAAAGGUAUUUUUGUAGAGAUUUAUUAUUUUUUUUUGCUGAUGUAUGAGAGCUCUAUGUCUUUUUCCACCCUCUCUACUGUUAUGCUGAGAAGUUGCAUCUUCAGCGCUUCUUCUAUCCGCCCCUUUCUUUUUUGUUUUUAAUUCACGAGACAGGAAACUUGUUGCAUGCUGGAUCGCACAGGGUUGCAGCUCAGACUCAUGUACCCCAAAUGAUUGACCCGUGAGCUGAAUUACCCCUUUCUCUACAUCACGGCUUUGCAGCGCGAUUAAGGAAAUUGAAGUAAUUGCAGCCGGCCAUCUCGAAUAGCGCGCUUUUAAUCAAGGACAGCCGAGCUCGCGCUUCUUUAAUCGUGGAUCAGUCUAGCAAGUUCUCUAACAAGUCCAUGCUCUGCUCGGGUAACACGCAGGUCUAAACACAUAAACUCACUGAAAACAAAACAAAAGUUGGUUUAUGUUGGUCAUUUGAGCUGUGAUGUCGGAGAGAGAUUGUGAUGGGGAGGAAGCCGUGGACUCGAUCCCCACGGGCGCGUGGCGAGGCGCGCGGAGGAGCGGAGUGCUGCUGCCUGACACCGACACGCCGCUGCUGGAGAGCGUGAAGGCGGCCACAGCGCCACGGAGGAGCAGCAUCAUCAAGGACCCUUCGGUCACCAAAGUUGGAGGUGGGCGCAAGAAGACAGUCUCGUUCAGCAGCAUGCCAUCAGAAAAGAAAGUGAGCAGCGCAGCCGACUGUUUGGCCUUCAUGCAGGGGGGUUGUGAGCUAAAAAAAGUACGUCCCAACAUGCGCAUUUAUUGCCGUUUCUACACCUUGGACCCUGAACAAGCCUGCCUGCGUUGGGAGCCUUCAAAAAAGGAUGCAGACCGUGCUCGACUGGACAUUUCCUCUAUCCGUGAGGUCCGCACUGGUAAAAGCACUGAAACCUUUCUUCAUAAUGGUCCAUCAGAUCACCUGGCUGAAGAGGCUGCCUUUUCCAUCAUUCAUGGAGAUGAUUAUCAGUCCCUGGACCUGGUGGCACUGUCGCCUGAUGUAGCAAACAUCUGGGUGACUGGUUUGAGGUAUUUGGUGUCCCACCCUGGAGCCUUGUCUGGUGGAAGUGGGGGAGAUGGAGGAGUAGGAGAGAGAAGUGUGGGAAGCAAGUUGAGGAGGGAUUGGCUGGCAGCAGAGUUUGCCCUGGGAGAUGAGGAUGGGCAUGGAAUUGUGUCAGAGGACAUAGCUGUGGCUACCAUCUGCAGAUUAUGCCCUGGAAUUAAGGAAGCAAAGGUACGUCUGCGCUUUAAGGAGAUCCAACGUAGCAAAGAGAAGCUGACAUCUCAUGUGACACUUGAAGAAUUUCAGGAGGCCUACUGUGAGCUGUGCACCCGGCCUGAUGUUUACUUCCUUUUAGUGCAGCUAUCAAAAGACCGGGAGUGCCUAGAUGUACAGGACCUACGUCUUUUCUUGGAGACUGAACAGGGGCUGCCAUUGGCCACCACUGAAGGCUGCCUGGAGCUCCUGCGUCGCUUUGAACCCUCUGCAGUUUGUCGUGAGAAAGGUCUCCUGGGCCUGGAUGGCUUCACCAACUAUCUUCAGUCAACUGAGUGCCAGCUGUUUGACCCUGAGCACCAGUAUGUAUGUCAUGACAUGAUGUUACCCUUGUGCCACUAUUAUAUCAGCACAUCCUACCGCUCCUAUCUGCUAGAUGAUCAGGUUCAUGGCAAGGCUGAUCUGUUAGGGCUGACUCGAGCCCUACGAUCUGGGUGUCGAUGUUUGGAGCUUGGUGUAACUGAUGGACCUGAUGGGGAACCGCUUUUGGGGGUUGAUCAUGAGUCAGACACCAAGCACCAUCAUCACCACCAUCAUCACCAUCAUCACCAUAGCCUAGUCACACUGCACAGUGCCCUGGAAGUGAUUAACAAAUAUGCCUUUCUCACCUCUCAGUACCCAAUGUUACUAUACUUGUGUCAGCGAUGUUCCCCCAGUCAGCAGCUCACACUAGCUCUGCACCUAAAGAAGGUAUUUGGAGCAAAACUGUACAGGCCAGAAUGCAUGCCCAUCACUCCUGGUGGACGCAUUUCCACACUGCCCUCUCCUGAGCAGCUAAAAGGAAGGGUACUGCUAGUAGGUAAGAAACUGCCUUCAGAAGAGGAGGGCUCUGAGGGAGAGGUAUCUGAAGAGGAUGAGGAGAUUGGUGGUGGAGGUCCGCUGGCCGGUCGUCGGAUGACCAUUCCUGGGGAAGAGGACCUAGGGGUUGUUCUGGUGGUUCCACCACCUCCUCAGCCAAGGCGACUUCGAUUGCGGCGAGAGCUUUCUGAUCUGAUAGCAGUGGCUCGCACUGGAAGCCGUAACUUCUAUUCUCACCGUUCCAAUACUCAGCAGUCUCAACAAGCCUCUCCUCCAUCCACGCCCUCCACACCCAGCACCCCAGGUUUUCCAGACUCCUCUUACUGGAGCCUCUGCUCUCUAGGAGAGGGUGAAGCAGGCCGGCUAGCAAGUGAGAGCCCAGAGGAGCUGGUGAGCUUCACUAAGCGCUGUCUUACUCGAGUUCGGCCCAGCUCAGUCCGGCUGGACUCCAGCAAUCCCAACCCACAAGGCUACUGGAAAGGAGGUGUGCAGCUGGUGGCACUCAACCAGCAGACACCAGGUGCCAUGCUGGAUCUAAGCCGAGGCCGCUUUGCCCAGAAUGGAGGCUGUGGAUAUGUCCUGAAGCCAGCUGUCAUGCGAGAUGAGGUCUCCUACUUCAGUGCACAGUCACAGGGCUGCGUGCCUGGGGUACCACCACAGACUCUCAGGGUGAAAGUUAUCAGCGCUCACAGUCUGCCCAAACCACAGGGUUCUGGGGCCAAGGGUGAAGUCAUCGACCCCUAUGUGGUGCUAGAACUGCAUGGUGUUCCAGCAGACUGUGCUGAGCAGAGAACUCGCACCGCAGCCCAGAACCAGGAUAACCCGCUGUUUGAUGAGACAUUCGAGUUUCAGGUGAACAUGCCAGAACUGGCACUGCUCCGGUUUGUCGUUCUGGAUGAUGACUACAUUGGUGAUGACUUUAUUGGCCAGUACACCAUCGCUUUCGAAUGCCUACAGCCUGGCUACAGGAAUGUGCCCCUGCUUGGCCUGGCUGGAGAGCCUUUACCCCACGCCAGCCUGUUUGUUCAUGUGGCUAUCACGAACCGCCGUGGUGGAGGCAAGGCUCACAGACGUGGUCUAUCUGUGAAGCGAGGAGUGCGUAGAGGAAGGGAGUACGUCACCCUCCGAAACACGGCCAUCAAAGUGUUAGAUGACACCUUUCGCUCUGCCAGUGCUCCACUCAAAGAGGCCACUGACCUGCGGGAGAAUGCACUGUGUGCUACGGUGGCAUUCAAAGAGCAAUGUGGGCUCCCCCCAGUGUCCACGCUGAAGCAGUGCAUGCAGAGUCUGGCCACAAGGCUGCAGGGACCUGAUGGUUCCCCAGGAGCCAGCCUGAUCCUGAAAGACGGUUAUCCCUGCCUGGAGCCACUCGCAAACCUGAAUGACACGACACGCAAGCUGCUUAAUGCCUAUGACACGAUGAUCUCAGCUAACAAACAGCUAAUAGAGAAUGCGGAUACUGUGCAGGAGAGGAUCGCUCAGGUACAGAAAGAAGGCAUGGUGUUUCAUGAGGAUCUGGCCAAGCUAGGGGAGAAGGAGAACCUGAAGGAACGAAAGCUGAGCAAAGCUGUAGAGAGCUUCACCUGGAACAUCACUGUACUAAAGGGUCAGUGUGAUUUGCUGCGCAGUGCCAAAAUGGAUGCCCUGGAUGCUCUGCGGCAGCUGGUGUUGGCUUGCGAAGCCUCCGGACUGACCUUGACCUCUGAACUCCAGUACACACCACACAACCUAACCUCCAGAAGGGGCAGCAGCCAUGGCAAUGGUCGCAUCUGAGUUUCCCCGAACGAGCUGAUAAUGAGCUAGUGAAUCUGCAGAGAAUGUGGAUAGAUUAAUGGUGCAAUAAUUAAGAGAUAAGAGCAUGGGAUGAGAGGCUCUCAUGAAGAGCGUAGCCAGGUGAUGUGAUUCGGACAGUAGCCACAUGAAUAUAUAUGUAUUGUGUGAUAGAUCCAAGGGACAAUAAAAAGAAAUGUUUAAAAAUACUAGUAAGGACAGGUUCUUGUUUGUGAUGAUCAGAAAUGCUUCUGAGAACAAAAACUGUGUAGCAUACUUACAAGAGAAUUGAGUGGAGAGAUAAACUGGUUAGUUUUUUUAGUCGCAGGUCAUUGUUAGGAGAAUCCACUAGUGGCAAGUAAAACCUUUUCAAAGCUCCUAGGUUUGCAAGGAACGUUGACCUGGUUAUAUUGCCACUUCCUUGAUUAUAUGAGUGCUGUCACUUUAGCACUAUGCUUCUAUUUUUUCAAUUCAAAAUUAAAAAGAGAUGGCGAUUAGCUUAAAUCCAUCUCAUCCAACAUACACAGGAGAUCGUCUCCUGUACAUACAAUGUUCACACUCCUCUGACCCAUUAUGACUGGACUAUAUCAAAAAUUAUGGAAUAUAUCAAAUUCUUCCCCCUAUCUCAUUACAUUUAGAGGAAUCACAGGUUGCAGUGCUCACAUGAAUUAAUUGAGCUCUCUGAUCAAACCCAUACAUUUAAAUAGUGAACAGUGGCACUCACACCAUAAUUAUGAGUAUUAUAUUUACAACCUUCCCAACCUCCACAAUACCAGUGGUUCCUGGCUUCAGAGAAAAAAGGACAAGGACUGCCGUUUCAUGGUGAAUGUUGGAAAGAUGUGCUUUAUUCAGCUAGUUAAAAGUUAAAAGUAAGCACAGACUAACCAGAAAUGGCGGAUGAACACUGGAGCAACUCCUGGUUAAUGUUAUGGCUUGCAUUGUUUAACAUUUAUUAACAGAGAAGAGAAGAGAAGCUUUGGAAAGUAUUUUCUCAUCUGCUUGAAAAGCAGCACUGAAAGUCGACUGUGUUUUCGUGUUUCAACUGACUUUAAAAUAGUAAUAUAGAAAUGCCAAUAUGUGACUUUUGACUGUGUAUAGAUAUUUUUCUUUUUUGUAUUGUUGACAAGUAGAUGAUGUGUGUGAGUACUGUAGUCAGUAUUUGUGUGAAACACACCAAUAUCUGUAGCUAGGUAUGUAAAUCUGUGCGUGUGUUGAUUAUUAGGGGAAAAAAUGUCAUGAAUGUGAAGAACUUUGCUGAAGGAUUGUUGCAUUCAAAAGGAUUAGAAAUGUUUCAGAAUAUUCAUUUCUUGUUUCCUGUUUUUAUCUGAAUGACAAGAGCCACUUUGGACUUAUCUUCCAGAGAAGGCACACGUAAUAUUUUCUUAGCAUAAAUGUGUGUAUUUCUAAUCAUUCCAUUCUGUACAAAUCUUUCUCCUUUUACCUCUUCUACGUAACUUUCCACAGCAGCACACAUUAAGAAAGCUUUGUUUCUGCCUUGUUUUGUCUGUCCAUUUAUCCCUCGUUCUCUCUGCCAGUGUACUGGUGAUGAAUGUCCAGAGGUGAACUUGCGUGGCAAGUGUAUACAUAUGUGCAUCAUGUUCAGCAGAUGUAGUCAGCGCUUUGUAAUUAACAGUUAGUGUGUGUUGGUGAGACUUUCACCAAACCCAACAACUCAAACUUACACAUCUAUUCCCUAUAGCAGAGCACUGAGCCAUUCCUUAAUGACCUGUAUGCAUGAUCCGCUAAUGGACUGAGAAUCUAUCCUUCACAGGAUCUGCUUACCUCUAGCUGGGCUCAUGGCUGAAUAAUGAAUGCCAGUAUUAGCUUUCGGUUUCUUUUUCUUUCUUUCUUUUUUUUUUAAUAGUAGUCAGUGGGACUUACUGUGUAGCAUCACAUUAGUUUAGUUCCACAGAGCAAUGUCCAUGUCUAUGAGAUCAGAGAAGCGUGAUGUUACCGGAAUGAAUGAAUGAACAAACAUAAUAUAUUAAAAAAAGAUAGAUAACAUUGUUGUAUGGAAUGAAACAGUACCACUAGUGAAAGACUUGUAUGCAAAUGCAGUACCAUAGUCAACAGAUGGCAUCAGACACAUAUAGGUUUUUAUCUUUAGCUUGUUCUCUAGCUUGUGGUCUAUUCCCAUGUAGAUGUAAAUGUAUCGUAUCAGUCUGGUCUAGCCAGAUAAGCCCUGCGGUAUUAAGUAGCCUGAAGGUGAACACUUCAGUUGGUACUUUGGUAUUGCAUUGUUUAUUUACCUUGACGACCUCUGUGAACCCUUAACAGUAGUCCAGUUAGACUUUGAAAGCUUUUCUGUGUGACUGCUGUCCUCUGCGCUCGGCUCGCUUCUGUCGUGUCUGCCUUUUCUCUGGCCUUUACAAACAAACCUGCUCUUUUGCCUAAGUUGUUGUUGUAUAAACAAAGAGUAUUUAUUAAAGGUAAUAAGUGUGUUUUAAAGAGGAUUAACUUUAAAGCGACUUUGCUUUUAUUUUGAAAAGCCAUUUUGUAUUCUUAAAGAUUAACAUGAUGAUAAUAUAAUACAGAUAUGGCACAGACUAAAUAAAUCUUUUACUGACUA